GUGAAAGCAGAAACAGGUAGCUGCCAUGUUAAUCUGACCCAAGAAGUGCCUUUGUUUCUGGGCACUGUGCCAGUGUACAAGAAUGGAGAAGCACCUCCUGUAGAUUCCUCCGAACCAUUACAACAGUCUCACAAAGCCACUAUGCCUAUGACACAACCACCCUUCAAUCCUUCCAUGCCAACAACACAACAGCCAUUCAAUCCUUCUAUGCCGACAGCAACAACAGCCAUUCAAUCCUUCUGUGCCGACAGCACCACAGCCAUUCAAUCCUUCCAUGCCGAACGCACAACAGCCAUUCAAUCCUUCCAUGCCGACAGCACAACAGCCACUCAAUCCUUCUAUGCCUACAGCACAACAGCCAUUCAAUCCUAUGCAGACAGCACAACAGCCAUUCAAUCCUUCUAUGCCGACAGCACAACAGCCAUACAACUAUGUUAUGCCGACAGCACCACAAUCAUUCAAUCCUUCUACACCGAUGGCACAACAACCUUUCAACCCUUCUGUACAUGAUGGCACAACAACCUUUCAAUCCCUCGAUGCCGAAUGACACAGAACUCAUCUGAUCCUUUCCAAAUGCCUCCUUUCAAUCCUCAAAUGUAUGUGGCACAAUCUACCUCAAAUCCUUCAGCAGAAUUUUCCUCCAGCUAUCUCACUCCCUUGUUGCCAAAACCAAUCAUGCCCAUGACUCACCCACCCCAAUCAGGGCGGCAUGGACCCAAUAAGGACUUAUUACUGAUGCUCAAACUGUUGCUCCUUAAAUCACGGAUGCCUUUGGAUGCCUUGAUUUCUGUAAUAUGUAAUUAAGUGCAUACUGGAAUGAAAGAUUUCCUAUAAGUUAGAGUACUUGAAAUGCUGAUUCUAUGAGAUUUUGAUGCUCAAACUUUUGCCUGUAAGUCACGGAUGCCUUUGUAUGCCUUGAAUUCUGUUAUAAGUACUUGAGUCUAUACUCAAAUUGCUCAUUUGUAAAAUUGUGAGGUACCCAUGGAGAAACCUUUUAAAAAGUCAUGCAAUGUUGCAGAUCUGCAUUACUGCAGAUCAAAUCCCUAGGGAAGCUUAAAUCAUUAAUUAAAUGCAUUGUCUGUCCUUUUGGACAAUUUUGAAUUGCAGAUCUGAUCAAUGUUCUCUUCAGUAAUGGUGAAAUGCAGCCUUCCUGAGUAUUUAUACCCUUGAAGCGAAUUACAGCCUCUUCUAUAGAAUAGAAUAGAAUAUAUUUUAUUGCGUUGACAAUAUAUAUUACAUUGUAUUGCAAUAGUUAAUAAUACCAAUUUUUUACGGUAUUUAUCUUAAAAACUAAAUCCAUUCACUCGACUUUCCAUA